UUUUUUAAAAAGUUAAAUGAAGACUUACUAAGAGUAAGGAAAAUAGAGGAUCAAAGGAAAAAAUAGACUGGAGUGCUGAAAAUGUUUAAAACUUGGAGGUCAGGAAACAUAAGCAACAUUGAAAGCAAUUGAAAAUAAAAACACUAAAAACCUGGGAACAAGAGUUAUCUUACACCUGUUGACAAGCCGCUAAUAUAAUGACCUCAUAAAUCAAGAACAGUACAGUCCCCUGCCCACCCUGCCCCUCAGUAGUAAGCAUAGCUGUGAGCAGCAGAAAGCGGUGACUUCAGCAGGAGGGGCUAUUCCUGCCUGAUGUGAAUGAGUCUAGAGUGGAUGAGCAGUCCUGGUGGCUCUGUGACGUCCCCAGCGACCAGGCUCGGCAGUGGAACCACUCUCCCAUUCCCGGGUGUUCCUGGCGUCCUGCCCAGGUGGCUCCGAGCGUACCGCAUCCCAGCCAUGUUCCUGGCAGGAGGAUCAACAGAGGGGAAGUACCUCGCCCACUGGCCAGAGUACUUCAUCGUUGCAGAGGCCCCUGGUGGAGAGUUAAUGGGUUACAUUACUGGACGUGAUCUUUCAUUGGCAGUCAUGGGCAAAGCAGAAGGCUCGGUGGCGAGGGAAGAGUGGCAUGGGCAUGUCACAGCUCUGUCUGUUGCCCCAGAAUUCCGACGCCUUGGUCUGGCUGCUAAGCUUAUGGAGUUAUUAGAGGAGAUUUCAGAAAGAGACAGUACAGAUGACCUACCUAAGUGGAGGGAGGAACUGCCUCUGCAGCAUAGAGUUACCCGUCUCUACAGUAGACAGCUAACUGAUCCACAGAGUCAGCGUAACUGCAGCCCAAAUGUCAAGUCUUUUCCGUGCGACUUGUUGAUUUUGAAACUUGGAAUGGAAGGAGCCCAAAAGAGAAAGGGUGGAUUUUUUGUUGAUCUCUUUGUAAGAGUGUCUAACCAAGUUGCAGUCAACAUGUACAAGCAGUUAGGCUACAGUGUGUACAGGACGGUCAUAGAGUACUAUUCGGCCAGCAACGGGGAGCCCGACGAGGAUGCUUACGAUAUGAGGAAAGCACUUUCCAGGGACACUGAGAAGAAAUCCAUCAUACCAUUACCUCAUCCUGUGAGGCCGGAAGACAUUGAAUAACCAUGAGCAGUGGUUCUUAGGCUGAUGAUGCUCCAGAUAUUUUAUGGAAAAUAUUAUUUUCAUUAGAUGAUCCUGGAGCUCUAUUAGGAGAAAAGGGAAUCGUUUAGAUCUUAAAGACUUCAAGAAAAAAACAGGUUAUAAGCUUAUUUUAAGUCUUGUUUCCUGUUAGCAAUAUCAUACCUUCUAAAGCUGUCCACUGUAAUAAAAUUCAGCCAAAAAAGGCAGCUAGGUCAAAAGGAAACAUUCCACUGUUAUGGUUCAUAAUGUAAUAUUCAUGGUAUGCUGGGGAAAAAGCUUGCUCCAAUCUCCUCCUAAAUUCUGUGCCUGAGAACCACUGCGGCAUAUAUAGUUUUUAUUUUGUAUUGAACUGUUAAUUGAAGCUUUAAAAGCAUAUAUGAAGAGUGUAAAUCUAAGAUGUAUAAUAAAAUGCACUGUUGACUCUA